ACUUCAUUAGUUUCUUCCACCCAAAGCUGGUUGUCCGGUAUAAAAACGGUCUUCCGCGGUCGGUUAGUUGAGGAAAUAUUUUACUUUCCUUCCCGGCGGGUGGUGUGCAAAGCCUGAGAAGACUUGGUUUGUCCUACCAGCCAAGAAACAUUUUCCUCAGGUUACCUCGUGGUUCAGAUCAGCCACCAAGCAGCUCUGCCUUAACAUCACCACCUGCCAGCUCUACCUAAGCCAACCUAAAGCCUUCAAAAUGAUGCAGAUCAGCGACGACCCCGCCAGCAACAAGCACUCACUCAUCAACGUCAUGCACCGCUUCAUAGCAGCUGCCAACAACAUGGACGAGACCAUCAUGGUGCCCAGCAUGCUGCGAGACGUCCCCCUGGAAGAGCAGGAGGCCAGCAAGGUGGAGCCCAACAACAACAAUCACGAACCCCCCUGUCCCAACAAGCAGAGGGACAUGUACGAGCACUACCUGCUGCUCAAGUCCAUAAAGAACGACAUGGAGUGGGGGCUGCUGAAGAGGGAGAUGAGCAGCGGCGCCAGCUUCCUGGAGAUGGCGGUGAAGCAGGAGGAGCAGCAGACGGUCACCGGAGACCUCCUCGCUGACGAGAACUUAGACCUGGAGAACCAGUUUCAUUAUCACCUCAGAGGACUGUUUGGAGUUCUGUCCAAGCUCACAAUGCAAGCCGACCACCUCACCAACAGGUACAAGAGAGAAAUCGGAGGCGGAAACUUCAUGAGAUAGAAGUAAUACGUUUUUCUCCCCUCGGACUGCUUGACUUGCACAAUGGGAUGUGUUGAGAAGGGCCCCCCCCCCCCCAACCCCAUCUCUUCCUAAUAGAUCUCAAUGGACAGUUCACUGACCAGGGCGACCACUUUGACUUUCUCUCACUCCUGAGUAGCGACACUCCAUCUUCCCCUACCAAAACACAAGAACCAGUGACGCCGGCUCGUGUCCCUCUGCCUGUUUCAGAGGAUGCACUGUGCAUGGUUGAGGUUUAUUGAAUCGGUCUCAAAGUUCAGAUGAAGCGCAGCUCUGGUUUAUGCAGAAAACUUGCCAUCCCCUCUUUUGUCUAUUCAUUUCAACAUGAGUUUGUCACCAGAUUGUGAAUAAAAGAAGGUUCCUAAUUGUAGGAGAAAUUGAAUGCUGGUUAUUCUGUCCCUCCUUUUUAAGAAAAUUAUUUUAAAGCUGAGCUGAAGGGCUCUUACCUGCCGAGGUUCUAAAUCUUUCCACCUGGUAUUACUGCAACAUGGCGUGCCUUGACUUUUUGUACACCCUCAUGCCCUGUUCAGUUACCUCUCCAUUAUCUGACUGCUAAAAUGGUUCAUUAUGUUCAUUUGUUUGUCCUUGGAUAUUUCAAAUUUUAUAUUAAAUCAGUAAACCUGAAAUAAAUAAUUGGAAACUU